AUGGCAUCGGCUACGGUAUUUUCCAAGGCGCAAGAGGCAGCAAGCUUUUUGCAAGGCCGUCUUGACCCAAAGUUGCAAAAACCCAAGGUCGCUAUUGUUUGCGGCUCUGGACUUGGUGGUCUAGCAGACGCUGUUCACGAACACCCAAGGAGAGAGAUUCACUACUCUUUAAUACCACAUUUCCCACAAUCCACAGUCCAGGGACACGCAGGGAAGUUACUUUUCGGAUUUCUCGGAGCCCAGACGCCAGUCGUUUUGAUGGUUGGUCGAUUACACUACUUUGAGGGCCAUUCUAUAGAGGAUGUGACCUUCCCAGUGCGUGUUCUCAAGCUUCUUGGAGCGGAAACAAUAAUAUUGACCAACGCUGCGGGAGGUCUUCAUCCAGAAUAUGCCGUUGGGGAUAUUACACUUUUGAACGACCACAUCUUCCUUGCCGGGCUUGCAGGCCAGCACCCGUUGCGUGGGCCGAAUGCAGAUGAGUUUGGAGUUCGCUUUCCCCCACUCUCAGACGCGUAUGACUUGUCGCUUCGGCGUUGUGUUCAUACGGCAUGGCAACAAAUCACAAAAUCAAAGACAAGGCGACUCCAUGAGGGAGUUUAUGCCUAUGUGUCAGGACCAAGUUACGAGACACGCGCUGAAUGCCGCAUGUUGCGACAGCUCGGGGCAGAUGUGGUAGUUCUCACACCUGUGCCCCGAGGUGAUGAUCACCUUCUUCAAUCCUCGACAACUAGCCAUCUGGCAGAUAUUUUGAACGAAGGGAAAGCAAAUCAUGAAGAGGUCCUCGAAGCCGGAAGACUCGCGGCUGAGGACAUGCAAGUGAGUCAAACAGCCUUCCCCAGAGGAUUGGAGAUCAACGACUGA